AGCAGGGAUAACAGGGUCAUUACAGCAAAGCCCGGAGCGGAUAACAUUCGGUUUGGAUAGCCCCUUUCGUCGAGUCCCAGAAACGGGUCCUCACAAGUCACAACUCCAGCUCCGAAGCUACCAAGUACCAACAAUGGCUUCCUCAAUCUCUGCUUCCUUGCAAACCUGCAACUUGAGAUCGGCAUUUUGGGGAGAAAGAAAUGGGAUAUGUGUUUCAAGCACUCCCAUCACUCGUGUUGGUUUUAUGAGGAAGUCUAUAGAAUGUAAAGAAUCCAGAAUUGGGAAGCAACCAGUUGAAGUUCCAUCUAAUGUGACAAUCACUUUGGAAGGUCAAGGUUUGCAAGUGAAGGGUCCUCUAGGGCACCUUUCACUUACCUAUCCACGUGAAGUAAAAGUUGAGAGGGAGGAGUCAGGUGCCCUUAGGGUUAGAAAGGCAGUGGAAACAAGACGGGCCAAUCAAAUGCAUGGUCUAUUUAGGACUCUCACCGAUAACAUGGUGGUGGGUGUAUCAAAGGGAUUUGAGAAGAGACUCCAAUUGGUGGGCGUUGGAUAUCGUGCAAUGUUGGAAGGAAAAGACUUGGUUUUAAAUCUAGGUUUCUCUCAUCCGGUCAGGAUGCAAAUCCCAGACGGCUUGCAGGUGAAGGUUGAAGACAAUACAAGAAUUGCUGUAAGCGGAUAUGACAAGUCCGCUAUUGGCCAAUUUGCUGCUUCAAUUAGAAAAUGGAGGCCUCCAGAACCUUACAAGGGUAAAGGUGUGAAGUACGCGGAUGAGGUAAUACGUAGAAAGGAGGGCAAAGCUGGGAAGAAGAAGUAGCCUGGCUUUGCUAUUCUUUUAUCUGUUUUUGUACUAGUUUAGCUCAACUGCAUUGCUUGGAUCGAGUACAUGAGACUUAAGCUUAUCAAUAUAUUUAAUGGAUAGUUCAUCUUA